GCCAUGGUAAAAAAUUGUCCUAUCGAACGACUAGCUUUUAUACGAUGCGGUCUUGACACCGUAGAAUACGGCACAAUGUCUUCAUUUCCACAAUUGAAAACACUUGACAUAGAAGAGGCAUCCUUUAUAUCAUUCAGAGAGGUUGAACAUUUUAUCUGUGACCUUAACAAUACCUCGAUUGAAGUACUCCGCAUGAACAACAUAUUCUCAUGGGGAAUGAGGAAACCCGAAGAUAAUCAGUGGAUCGUGCGUGCUAAAACCUUUCAUUGUUUGAAAUCCAAAAAACUUAAGUCACUUGAAUUACUUGGUGAUAAAAUAUUAAAGAUUGACGUUGAAAUUUUACCUUUUCUGUCGCAUUUAGUAUAUUUAGAUUUGUCUGGUAACGACGUUUUAAAAUUUUUAGAAAAUGAGACACAAUCACACGGUUGGAAACAAAUACUUGCUUAUUCACAAAAACUUUCAAACAUAAGACUUUUCAGGAUGGACUACAAUGUUUACCGCACGAUAAUGGUGAAUGCCCAAGAUGGCCCAUCAAACUCCUUUUGGUAUGGCCAUCCAAAGCUACCUUUAGAACCAGCCAAAAAUGUUAGUAUAUUGGACAAAGUACAUCAAGGUCCCAUACAAAACUUUUCUGAUGCUGAGAGUCCAAUUUUGCAUGUAGGAUUGCCUGAAAAUUUAGAAUUCUGGUCCUCAAGCUGGUGGGCUUCGGGUGAUAACAAACUUUUACAGUGUGAUUUUUUACAUGGGUCCAUCUAUUUCUUUCCCAACAAACUCAGAUAUCUCAAAAUAGAGGACCAGAAUUUGAAUUUAAACAAAUUUUGUCCCGUAAUAUAUGGCUUAGAUAGACUAGAAUACCUGGAUUUUUCUUAUAAUGGUGUUAACUUCCUUUCAAAAAAAUUUUUUGAUAAUUUCAUCUCACUGAAAUACUUGUAUUUAAAAGAAAACAAUUUAGGACCUUUGAUAGCUACACGUGGUCUACAUCCAAUGCAACUCCCACACUUAGAAAUCCUUGAUUUAUCAGUGAACAAAAUCAGCACGAUACCAAAAGACUUUUUUGGCUAUCUUGUAUCCUUGAAACGGCUGGACAUCAGCGACAAUCGAAUAUCAAAAUUAACUUUUACCAUGACAAACUUACUUUCCAUAGAAUACAUAGAUAUCAGCACUAAUCAACUAACUGACUUCUCGAGAUCUGAGUUGGACUACAUUAGGAAAAAGAAUGCCAGUAGUUUAGAUGUAACUCUGAACAUGAGUAACAAUCCCAUGGACUGCACCGUUUGCAACGGCAUAGGAUUUCUCCACUUGAUUAUCCAUUCCAACAUGAUGACAAUAUUCUCCAACGACUCCACUUGCUACGGGAAUGGAUCUAAAACAAGCUUAGAAAGUAGCCUGAGUAGACUUGAGGGGGAAUGCGACAGCUCUCCACAAACUAACCAGAGCGACAGCUCUCCACGGACGAUCAUUUCAUCAAACCAUUGGCUUUCCUUUGGAGCAUCUCUUGGUAGCAUAUCUGCUGUGGCCUGUGGUCUUAUAGUAGCUUACAUUUACCGUUGGAAUAUCAAAUACCGCUUCUUCCUUCUUCGCCGCCGUUUUCGAAAGAGAGGUGUCAUUACUGCAACACCUGGUCACGUGUACGCCUCCUAUGACGACAACGAUUAUUACUGGGUGACGCACGUGUUGUUGCGUCAUCUAGAAGAUGAGGAUCAACUUGAUGUCAUCAUAGAUCAAAGAGAUUUCAUUGGUGGCGCUUCCCUUUCCGAGGCCAUCGUAGAGGCUGUGGAAAACAGCAGAAAAACAGUGCUUGUUCUGUCUGAGAGCUACGUUCUCAAUCCUUGGUGCUUGGAGCAAGAGAAGAAAAAAGCCAUCAAAACCACAUAG